UCGCAAUGGUUUGCUCCACACCAGCGCUGUUUAUACUGUUGAACCGCUGCUUCCCCCAGUCACUGCGCCGCUGACAGCUCCUCCUCACUCACUAGCUCUUGUUGCUCUUUCAACAUUUUUACUCUCUGACAUUUUCACCGGAUCCCUUACACAGUCCAGGUCACUAUCGCUGGGAACAAGCAGCAUAUCCACAUCCGUCCCCUGGUCACAGAAGAGAUCUGAGAGAAGAAAGACAGUCAUACAGAUAUGGAACGACAUGAGACUGCCGUUCACAUUUCAACCAAGAUGUCACUGAAAGUCCAGACGAGCAACAUUACCAACAAAAAUGACCCCAAGUCGAUCAACUCACGCGUGUUUAUUGGCAACCUGAACACAGCGGUGGUGAAAAAGAGCGACGUAGAGACGAUCUUCUCCAAGUAUGGCAGAGUUUUGGGCUGCUCAGUUCACAAGGGCUACGCCUUCGUUCAAUACGCUAAUGAGAGACACGCUCGUGGAGCAGUCAUUGGAGAAAAUGGACGUGUGCUUGCUGGACAAACCCUCGAUAUUAACAUGGCAGGUGAACCCAAACCCAACAGGCCUAAAGGACUAAAGAGAACUGCAGCAGCAUUAUACGGCGGUUAUGAUUUUGACUAUGAUUACUACAGAGAUGACUUCUAUGACAGACUGUUUGAGUAUCGAGGCAGAGUAUCACCAGUGCCCAGAGCAGUUCCAGUAAAGCGCCCCCGUGUGGCAGUGCCAGUUGUCCGCAGGGUGAAAUCAUUACCUGUCAAGCUCCUGACCAGAUCCACUAUUCUUCCCAACAGCUCUGUCAAACACAAGUUGAAAUCUACCGAGCUGCAAGCUAUCAAAUCAGAACUGACGCAGAUCAAGUCCAACAUUGACGCGCUGCUGGGACGUCUUGACCAGAUCACAGAGGACAAAUACUGUGCCGCAGAGUUGCAGAAGGCAGAUGAAAUGAAGAGCGAACUGUCUCAGGACGAAUCAGGCUCAGAGUCAGAGGAACUGCAGCACAGUGAUGUCGAGGAGGGCGAGGACCACACACACGAGGAGUGUGACGAAGACAUGGAAAACAAUCACAUAUCUGAAAUGGAUCCCAUUCUUCAAUAAAAGCAGGGAGUUGGAAAACACUGUCGACUGGAAACUUUUUUAAUACCACAGACUCAGCGGGAAGACACUGAAACCAACAGGCGCCGUCAAACUCCAGCAUCAGCUGUCAAUGAGACGGACAGCUAAACUAGCUGUUUGGUAGGAGGGAGAUGGGGAUGACAUCCCCUAAACCAGGAAUCCAACAACAUCACUCACUCGACAAACGCCAACAGGGGAUCAAUUUCACAGACAUUCUGCAUUCAUGCUCCCCAGAAAACACAAUUAACAUGCAUUUUUUUCUAUAUUUGGACGCCUCGUAUGUAAAUAACCUGCUCCUAUUUCUGUCCUCCCUUCUUUCCUGUCUGUUUGUGCUUUUGCAAAAAUGUUUUUCGUUUUAUUUAUAUGCCAGUCGGAAUCAGAAAGGUUGGCUGUUUUUAAUUACAUGUGCACAUUUCUUCUGCUUGCACUUUCGAGACUGCAAGAGAUAUUUACAGAUGUAAAUAAACUAUGAUGACUUGUGAAA